AUGGCAGGCCCUAAGGAAAAUGGCCUCUUCCCACCCAACCCCUACCAUAUCCCUGGCUACGAGGGCUUCAUCCCUCAGUACAACUAUCGCUUCGGGGAAACCUUUGGCAGAACCACCCACCGGCUGCUGACGGACCCCGAGGUGGUGAGGAGCCCCCGCUCCCUGCUGGCCCCUGUGCACAAGCAGAAGUUCAUCGAGGACUUCAGUGGGACCCACUCUGCUGUGCAACGUUACCUGCCCGGGCAGCCAGCACCGUUUCCCUACGAGCACCCUGGGGCUGUGACAAACUUCCCUGAGCCAGACCAUGGGCCCAACCCUGCCCUGCUGGGGCCGCGGCCGGAGGAGAAGGACCGGAGGCUGAUGACAGACCUGGACCCCCGGGCCCAGCAGCACCCUGCCCAGUACACCCCGGGGGCACGGCUGCCCCCCAGGACCCCCUGGCAUCCCUGCUCGGGGGGGCAUUUCCUCGAGACAUCCCCAGCCUGUGGGCAGGGACCCGGUGCCCCGGUGGGAAGCAAACUGCCUGUGAGAACAGGAGGUGUGACUCUGCCUGAAAGGGCUCGAGCUGUGGAUGAGGAAGAUGGUUGGUUACCCACACUGGAGGUGCCACGAGCCAUUCAACAGAAAGUCAUUACAGGAUAUGCUGGAUUCAUCCCUCGCAUCAUCUGGUUUCCUGGCCUGAACUAUGUCCAGAGUGUGAAGGAAGCCAUGAAGGAAUUUGACCAACUUCAGUUUAUGGAAAGAAACCCAGCAGGCACCUUUGGCAAGAGGUUCCCCAAAACAUACUGGCCCAACAACAAGAUCUACACCAGCUCUGGGCUGAUCCCCUGCUACAGCGGCUUCGUUCCGGCACUCCGGCACACCUACGCGCUGACUUUUGGGAACAGCACCCGCAAAGCCUACCAGAAUGAACAAAGGAGACGAGCUGGUGCACUGUGA